AUGUGGGGUUUUAUGAUAGAUAUUAAAUAUAAAAAUAAAUAUUUUAGAGAUUCAAAUGAAAUGAAAAUAAAUGCCGGUGAUCGUCGUAAUUGUUUAUCAUUAUCAAGAUCUCAUUCAACUGGUUUAAAUCGAUCUUCAAAUAAAGAAUCAUUAUCUCUUUAUCAACAAUCAUGUUAUACUGUUAUAUCGGGACCUGAUAAUUCAAGACAAAUAGUAGAUUGUCAAAUAAUUAUUGUUAAUAUUCGUCAAAAAGAUUAUGCGAAAAAAAUUUCAUCUCAUCUUGCUUGUCAUGGUUUAUCAACAUCUGUAAUACUUCUUCGAAAAGAUUAUACAUUAAUAGAAGCAAUUAAAAAUGCAGCACGUGAACAAUCUCUUUAUGGAAUAAUUGUAAUGCCAAUGCAUGAAAAACAACGUACUGCAUCGUUUCAUAUUCUUUAUGGACAAACAGAAGAACAUCGUAAUUUAACAUUAGAAGAUGGUUAUCAUAUUAUUUUAACAAAUUUUACUCGUUAUAAAAAAUGUUUUCGAAAUGAAGAAAUUAAUUUAAAUGAUCGUCUUAAUGAAAAUAUUCCAUCAAUUGAUUAUGGUCAAUCAAAAGAAAAUUUAAAUAAUAAAAAUUCAAUUGGAUUUGUCGAACCGACAUUAUCAUAUGAAGACAAAUUACCAUUAUCAAUACUAUUACGUCUUUUAGCUGAUGGAAAACAAUUAAAAUUAGAAGAGAUUGAUCGUGUACUUGCUUAUUUACUUGAAAAAAAAGCUAAAAUGUUAACAUUAUCUUCACGUACAUUACAACCAUUACCUGUUCAAUAUGCAACAACAAAUAUUAAUCAUCAAACAGAAAUUGAAAUUACUAUCAUUUCAAAUUUCGUUGAUACAGCAAUACGAUUCAUACCAGACGUGGACGUGGAAGUAGAGUUUGAUCAAUCUGAUAUUAGUUAUACAACAAUCGGAACAACUGCCAUAUCAUCAUGUACAUUUAUUCUCGUGACUGGUAAUGUGGACAAAAUUCCAUUUGCAUAUGUAUGGCAUACGCCAUUAACAGGUGGUCUACAUAUAUCGACACCUGCAUUAAUGUUAGAAUUUAUACUCGAAAGAAUAUCAAAUGAAAUAACACAUUUUAUUUGGUCACAACCACCAAAACAAAUGAAAAAAAAAAAAGAAUGUAAACAAUUAACAAAUUUACAAAUAUUAACAGGUGGUAGUGUUGAUUAUUCUCCUGAUUUAAUUCGUGACGCCUUCAUGAUGUUGAACAAUGAAAACGUGCAUAUUGAAAUUGAACGGUGGUCAGAAUGGUCACAAUAUUUUUAUUAUUCAUUGAAAAAAAAAGUAACAAUAUUAUCACCUGUUACUUUUCUGAUUUCCGAUGAUGAAGAAGAUGAAGAUCAUGUUUUGUCGGUGGUCUAUGAAAAAGAAGAAAAUAAACAACAUCGAAAUAUUGAUACAAGAUAUAGGACUGAUAAUGUUGAUCAAUAUACCACAUCAAAUAUUCGUGAUGGUCAAGAACUUCCAUCAAGAAUAGGAUGGGAUGAUGAUUCUGAUGAACAACGAACUCAAUGGAAACAUUCAACACUGAAUGAUAGUUAUAAUCGUCAAGACCAUAAAAAACAUCAUGAUACUGAUUAUAAUAAUAGGUAG